AUAUUUGAAUUAAGGCUGUAAUGAGCUCAGGACCUGAGUAGCCAUGGCAAAACCCAAACUGGGCAUCAGUGAGCAGAUUAUUACUGAUAGGUACUGCUUGAUUGCACAUCAAUGACUCCUUCCAUCACUUUAUUAAUGAUCAAGAGUAGACUGAUGGGUCAAAAUCCCCCCUAGACCUCCCUUCCUAACAGUAUUGUGUGUGUGCCUACCACCCUAUAUUCUGCAGCAGAUCAAGGACAUCUCACCACCACAUUCUGUAAGGCAUUGAAGUUGUUAGCAAAUAGGAGGGCUAGCUUCUGAGGCAUUCUCUUCAUUUUCUCCACAACCCAUGCCAAAUUAAUUUAAUGCUCUUAUCAAAAGUAGGAGAACCCACAAUAUCCUUACAUUGGUCUUGGUCCACAGCUCCUGGCAGGAAUAUUAAAGCUCUGCUGUUAUCAUACUUUGACUUAAGUGACAUGAAUUUAACAAUGCAAAUACAAAUCCCUCAUACAUGGGAACUGUAAAAACAUGAUAACGGCGUGAGUGUUAAGAGAAGCCCAUCUGAUUAUUCUGACAAUGUGGUUACUGCCAAGAACCAAAGGCCCUUCACAGAACCAACUUGCAGUAACUCCGGGAAAGUGCGCAGUCGGCCCGCCCUGACCCACAGAGGACUUCCUGCACAUGGAACGGCGACGAGUAACGUUGCUGAAGCUGCUAUGGCAUUAAAUCUUCUAAGAGUGUUUCAUUUUCUUUCGUCGGACUUACUGACAUACAAUGUUUUACAAAUCGUGAAGCGACAGCUGUGUUCCUGCAAAAGCCUUAACAAAAUUCUGUAUCCACAAUAUAACAAGACUUUGUCAGUAGGACCUCUAAAGGCAUGGUAUCAUCAGAUUCCACAUAAAGGAUACCACAACCUGGUCAGAGACCAGCCUUGUGACACCUUGGGAACAGAGUGUCUCCAUGGGGAUGCUGGGGAGAACCUUAAUUUGGACAACAAGCAGAAUGGAUCCUCCAAUGAGCAGGAGUUUUUGAAACAUUUGAACAACUAUAAAACUGCGAAGCACAUCUUUAAACUUCUGAACUCUUCAGGUGCAUUUACGGAUACAAUGGCUGCUGCUGCAUUGCUUAAAAUAUCGCAGAUUGAAAGAGAUGGGAGUAGUCUGAAAAGCCCUGCGGACCUACUGGAGAAUGAAGCUUUCAAGGCAUUGUGCUUCCAGUUCGAGCACGAGUCUUUGAGGCUCAGCAGUGCAGCACUGGUGACUGCUCUGUAUGCUUACGUUCAACUGUAUGUGGACCCACAGAGCACGCUCAUGGUGCGACUGGUGUCAGAAUGUCAGAUGCGGCUUAAUAACAGACAGAUGUCCAUUAAAGACUUGUGUUUGCUGGGCAAGGCCUUGCUGGACUUGGAAGGCCCGGGGUAUAGAAUGUUUAAGCAAGUAAUGGAUGAAAUUCAAAGAAUGAAAAUUGUUAAUUGGACAUCUGAAGAGAUAGUAAUGGUUUAUAAUUUGCUGGAGGCUAGUAUGGGAGAAGGAGGAAAUUAUCAGCAGUUGCUGAACAAAAUGAAUACCCAUACCGUUCAUUUAGUUUCCAAAUUGAGUCGUAAAGCCAAAAAUGACAUCCUGAAAGCAAUGGUUGUCCUUAAACAAACCCAAGCACUUCCUUUGGUGAUUAAUCUAUGCAAACAUUCAGUGAGACAUGUUCCUCAAUUCUCAGACCAGGAGCUCAUUGUGGUACUGAAUGCUCUCAUGUACUUUGGACACAGUGACAGAUUUUUUGUUGACACUUUGGAGCAAAAUGUCCCCAAAAAAGCCUUUGUCUUAAAACCAGAGGCAAUCAGUAAAGUGAUGCAAUACUGCAGCCAACGGCGAAUCCUGUCACUUCCCAUAUUUGAUGCAGUCGCUGAGAGUUUUGUUUACAAUUCAGAUAAUUUUACAACUGAAGAAAUUGCCUUACAAAUUAUGCCGUUUGGCAAGUUGAAUUAUCUGCCACCAAAUGCUGGCCAGCUCUUCCGAAAGAUUGAAAACUUAUUAAGAGGACGAUUUUCACAAUUUCAGCCACGUACUUUGUUGAACCUUCUUCACUCCUGUAUAUUAAUAGGACGCUUUCCUGUGAAUUUUGUAGCCAAAAUCUUUAGUCCAUACUUUCUGCAGCAGCUGGAAGCAGAAGGAACAGGUUUUGACAAGUUUGUCCUUGCCCAGUUGACUCAGCUCUUCAUGACUAUGAAACUGGAGUGCCGAACCUAUGAGGGUCCCAGCCUUCCUUCAAAGUAUCGAGUGAAAUCUUUCAUUACACCAGGGCGUUCAGUGGAAAGCCUUGUGGAUGAUCAUCUCUACAACAAAGUUAAGAAUGCCCUGAUUGAUCUUCUCGGAGCAAGGAAUUACUUUGCCUCCCGUUUGCUGACACCAUAUGGCUAUACAUUAGAUGUUGAGAUUAAAUUGGAUGAAGAAGGAUAUGUGCUCCCUGCCUCUCAGCGCGAAGAGGUAUUCCGAAGAGUAGCACUCUGCAUUGAUGACCAGAGAAGGUACUCUGCAAAUACUCAAAAUCUACUCGGUAAGGAAACUAUCAAACAGAGGCAACUACGGCUGCUGGGCUACGAUGUUGUACAGAUUCCAUUCUACGAAUUUGACAAGCUACAGAACAGUAAGGAGAUGGUAGAAUACCUUCACAAGAAGAUCUUUCCAUACAGCUACAGACUUGCUUGGUGAAAAAAGCUAAAACAUAGCCAGUUAAUUUCCACUUUACACAAUGCAAUGCCAGCAUUUUGCAUUGGUGGCCACCUUACAGCAAUGUUUACCUACUAUUUAGCAUCUUGAUUACAGUCAUGUAAAUAAAACUAUUACUGAAAAUAAUGUAUAAAAAUAAACUCCUUAAAUAAUA